AUGGUACAAGAAGGAAUUGUUUUGGGUCACAUGAUUUCUAAGAAUGGUUUGGAGGUUGAUAAAGCAAAAAUCGAGGUAAUAUUGCAAUUGCCUGAACCAUCUUCGGUCAAAGGCAUUCGAAGUUUUUUGGGACAUGCGGGUUUUUACCGUAGAUUUAUUAAGGAUUUUUCAAAAAUUGCAAAACCCUUCUGUAAUUUGUUGAAUGUCGAUCAAACUUUUGAAUUUACCUGCGAUUGUAAGAAAGCUUUUGAAACCAUUAAAAAUGCUCUUGUCUCGGCACCUAUUGUCAUUGCCCCAGAUUGGACCAUGCCUUUUGAGGUUAUGUGUGAUGCAAGUGACUGGGCCGUAUGUGAUGUUUUGGGACAAAAGCGAAACAAGAUUUUUCACCCCAUCUACUACGCAAGUAAAACCUUGGUGGAGGCUUAG